AUGCUUCUUGCGAGCCUAUUGACUCUUGCUCUGUUCAUAAGGACUCCAAACAUUUCUGCUUCUCCUUGUUCAACACCAGGCUUUGUUGUUGCUGCUCUUGGUACGUCUCAUUCUUCGCGGACGAGUUGUGAUACUCGUUUUGGUUCGCCAACAAUUCAAUGUGGCAGACUUGCUUUUGAACAGGAUUUUUGCAAUACAAUUAAACGCCAACCAAAUCCAUCAAAUUCUGGAAUAUCUCAACAACAUCAACAACAAAAUAGUAAUUUUGCUCUUUCUCCCUUCGCUGAAAAUUCUUUUGAAUCAACAAAAAUAUUUUCGAAUAGAUUAGAAGAAAACGAUUCGGAUGAGGCAGAUGAAGAAUUUUUUCCCCUCCCGCCACUACCUUCUUCACUUCCAACGUCUCCUAUUCGAGUAAGAAAAUUUUUUAUCGUUAUUUGUUUUAUUUCUGGGGCUGCCAAUAACGAUUUUAAACAAAUCAGUGGUUUUUAAAUUCCGGUUUUUGAUUUCUGUUUUGGGGCCCGAAUUUCCUUCUUAUUGUUAAUUUAUUUUCUUUUUUAUAAGAUCCUAAAACAACUUCCCCCACCACCACCUCCAAAAAGAACUACACCAAUAAAACCAACCCUACAAAUGGAUUCUAUGGCCGAAUUAACACUAGCAAUAAACAGGCAAAAGAUAAGGAUUGAAAAUAGAAUUUCUAAUA